CACAUAUCUUCUCUUCUAUAUAUUCUGUUGGGCUCAUGUGGUUUUCCUGCUUGUCUUCUUUCCCCACACAAAUCAUUCCAACUAUAAAAAUAUAGUACCAGAGAAGCAGCUUGAACUGUUACAAGAGACAUCUAAUCUCUUUCUGUAUAUCAAUUUUGGCUUUGGCUUUGGCUUUCUCUUGUAUUAUUAUUCCUUUCAUCAGUUUUGUUACUUGGGAAUUGGAAGUGUUAGUUUCUGUGUGUAAGGUUCACCAGAAGAAAGAGAAACACAGAGAGAAAGAUAUUUACUGGUUAGGUGCCACUCCUUCCUGCUUCUAUUGUUUCUCUACCCUUUCACUUUUUUGAUCAUCAAAGGAUCAAAUGUGCACCAGAGGCCACUGGAGGCCUGCAGAAGAUGAGAAGCUCAGGGAAUUGGUGGAACGAUAUGGACCUCAUAACUGGAACGCCAUAGCUGAGAAGCUCCAAGGAAGAUCAGGUAAGAGUUGUAGGUUAAGAUGGUUUAAUCAGUUGGACCCAAGGAUCAACAGGAGCCCCUUUUCAGAGGAGGAAGAAGAGAGGCUUCUUGCAUCUCACAGGAUCCAUGGUAAUAGAUGGGCAGUGAUUUCACGGUUAUUCCCCGGGCGUACUGAUAACGCAGUGAAGAAUCAUUGGCAUGUAAUAAUGGCGCGAAGGUGCAGAGAGAGAUCGAAAUUUUACGCAAAGCGAGCUGCUCAGACCUUGAUUAGCGAUAAUAAGUCCUCACCAAAACAAGAUGAGCAGAUGAGAACUGAAUCAGGAAACCUUGCUUCUUUUUUGAAGUAUCAUGGAAGAUAUGAGGAUCCAGUCAUGCAUGGGCAGCAAUAUGGGCUUAAAGAGUUGUAUGCUCAGAUUCCAAGUUGCUUCCCUAAGAUGCUUGAAGAUAGGAAAAACCAAAUCGAAUUUUAUGAUUUUCUUCACAUAAACAAUGAUUCUAAUCGAAGUGAAGUGAUAGACAAUGCAAGAAGAGGGGAUGAUGAAGAAGUGGAACAGAAACUUAAGGAGGAACAGAACAAGCCUACCGUCCCAUUCAUCGACUUCAUGUCAGUUGGAAGCUCAUCAUCAUAAAGUUGGUAUCUCAAACAAUAAUCUAACACAAUCAUAGAAAUUACACAUGCACAGUCCAGCUAGAUUCUGACUUGUUAGGACUCAAAUAGAGAUGAAUAUAUUUAUGUAUGGUGAUCAAAGAUGAGUCUUUGCCAAAACAAAAAUGGUUGGCAACAUGCAGCAUAAGGAAUUCUAGCAUCUGCAAUAAUUCCAUGUAAUGUGGAUUCUCUUGAUUUGAAUGAGAAUCCAUGGAAAACAAUACAAAUCCAGUAUGUAUAUAAUCCUUCUACUCAAAUGUGUAAACAUUGGGUUUUUUUGGGUUCCCACAGUAUAUGUCCAGUUGUACUUUCAGGUUCACCAUCAAACUAUUAAAAGGUUGAUAUUUUGUCUGCUA